CUGAUUACGACUUCAAAUUACUUGAAAAUAUUGUGUAAAAAAGUCCAGCAGAACAAGGGUUAAGUUGACGUGAGCGAUAACCUCAGGUAUGUUUUUCCUGCCAGACACCACGUAUCCGGGUGGAGCGAGCAGCCGCCGUGGUGUCUGUAGCUUCCUCCGCGCCCGCCGCAGCUUCCUGGUCGCCGGCAUUGCGGUGCUCCUGAGCCUAGGUGUCAUUGGACUUGCACCUCUGACGUUCAGCAACAAACAGGAAAUAUCUCAAUUGUCGACUACUGUUGACGCCUUGAAAGUCAACCAAGACAACAUGCGUCAACUGUCUGCUACUGUUGACGCUUUGAAGCGCGACCAAGAUGCCUUGAAGCGCGACCAAGACGCCUUGAAGCGUGACCAAGAUGAGGUAACACGCGACCAAGACGAGGUAAAAUGCGACCAAAAUGACAUCCGUCAACUGUCCGCUACUGUUGACAUCUUGAAGCGCGACCAAGAUGCCUUGAAGCGCGACCAAGACGCCUUGAAGCGCGACCAAGAUGAGGUAAAACGCGACCAAGACGAGGUAAAAUGCGACCAAGAUGACAUCCGUCAACUGUCCGCUACUGUUGACGUCUUGAAGCGCGACCAAGACGCCUUGAAGCGCGACCAAGACGCCAUGAAACGCGACCAAGACGACGUAAAAGGGGACCAAGAUGACAUGCGUCAACUGCUUACCACUGUUGACGCCUUGAAACGUGAUCAAGAUGCCUUGAAACGCAACCAAGAUGCCUUGAAGCGUGACCAAGACAACAUGAAACGCAACCGAGACGACGUAAAAGGGGACCAAGAUGACAUGCGUCAACUGUCCACCACUGUUGACGCCUUGAAACGUGAUCAAGAUGCCUUGAAACGCAACCAAGAUGCCUUGAAGUGUGACCAAGACGACAUGCGCAGAUUAUCCACCACAGUUGAAGCCUUGAAGUGCGUCCUGUACAAAGAGCGCAAACAGACCGCCACCCUGGAGAAGCGUCUUCACGAGAUCAAGCAGACUUUACCAUCUUGUCCCGAAGGUUACACAAUGUGGCGUGGAACCUGCUUCAAGGCCUUCGACACAUCCAAGACCUUCAGUGGAGCGGCGAAUGCCUGUGGUGCAGACGGCGGCACCCUUGCCAUGCCCCAAGACGCUGAGACCAACACCUUCCUGGCCUCUCUGUCCAAGUCUGUGAGCCACAUUCGUGCCUUUUGGUUCGGUCUGCACGAUCGGCGCGAAGAGGGGAGGUUUCAGUGGAUGGACGGUUCUGCACUUGGGUCGUAUAGAUCCUGGGCUCCGGGACAACCGGACAGCCAUGACGGCAACGAAGAUUGCGUCCUUUACCCUACAAGCCAGAAAGACAAGUGGCACGAUAGGAACUGCCACCAAAGGGCUUACUUCAUAUGCCAGGCCGCUCCAGAACGUCCAUAGGCGACAGGCAGGACCCUCACCACUACUGCUCUCUGACCAUCCGCAGUCAAGCUAACCAGUAAGAAUUAAGACUGGGACUUAUAGCAUU